UCUCCCUCAACCGUGGAAAUUUCUUCUAUAAAUGACAUUCGAAGUAAAGCCCUCUUCUCUGGAGCCUUCACAGAUCACAAAACGAGAGGAACAAGCUCCGAGAGAGAGAAUCGAUGGCAACGAACGGAGUACGAAGGAUCAAGCUCGGAAGCCAAGGCCUCGAGGUCUCUGCGCAAGGCCUUGGUUGCAUGGGCCUCUCCGCCUUCUACGGUCCUCCGAAGCCUGAAUCCGAAGCCAUCGCUCUCCUCCACCACGCCAUUAACUCCGGCAUCACCUUCCUCGACACCUCCGACAUCUACGGUCCCGAGACAAACGAGAUUCUCCUCGGCAAGGCUCUGAAGAAUGGGUUCAGGGAGAAGGUGGAACUGGCGACCAAAUUCGCAGCCACUUAUGUAGAAGGGAAGAAGGAGAUAGUCGGAGAGAUAAGGGGAGAUCCCGAGUACGUUAGGUUUGCUUGUGAAGCAAGCUUGACACGGCUCGGUGUUAACUGCAUUGAUCUCUAUUACCAGCAUAGGAUCGAUACCCGAGUCCCCAUCGAAAUCAUAAUGGGUGAGCUCAAGAAACUGGUUGAGGAGGGUAAGAUAAAGUACGUCGGGUUAUCUGAAGCUUCAGCCUCGACGAUCAGAAGGGCGCAUUCUAUCCAUCCUAUAACAGCUGUCCAGUUGGAAUGGUCAUUGUGGUCACGAGACGUGGAAGAAGAUGUCAUUCCUACCUGCAGGGAGCUCGGGAUCGGACUUGUUGCUUACAGUCCUCUGGGUCGAGGCUUCUUUGCGUCAGGACCCAAGUUUCUUGAGACAUUAGGGCAAGGUGACUUUAGAAAGGAUCUACCAAGAUUCCAAGACGAAAACUUACCCGGCAACAAGGUUAUCUACGAGAAGAUGGCUGCAAUGGCAGAAAAGAAACAGUGCACUCCCGGGCAACUAGCACUCGCGUGGGUUCAUCACCGGGGAGACGACGUGUGCCCUAUUCCGGGGACCACCAAGAUCGAGAACCUCGAUCAGAACAUCGGAGCCCUGUCGGUGAAACUCACUCCGGAAGAGAUGGCCGAGCUCGAGGCCCUUUGCCGACCCGAGCUCGUGAAAGGGGAGAGGUACCACCCGAGUGCGCCUACCUACAAGAAUUCCGAUACUCCGCCACUGUCUUCUUGGAAAGCCGCCUCUGCGUAAAUGUCAUCUGCUGUGUUGUGUUCGUUGUUCUGCAACGGUGAAAUCCUUAUGAACUAUGUAAUGUUUAUCACUUGAAAGGUUACAUCUUUUCACAUUAUAAACUUGUAACCCUAAAACACUUA